CUCCACCGGCAGAGGACCGCAGUUCUCGCAUCAGUACACAGCCAGCUCUCGACCAGCCCGCCGCCAUUUUCCGUCGCGUCUUAUUCGACGUAUCCUGCGCCUGAGUCGGUUGCUUACACCAUGCCGUACACAACCACCUCACCUUACCACUCAAUACCAACCACGCUCACCUCCGACAUGCCAAGCUACCACUACCCUUCCUCCACCACUGUCGUCGUCUUACCCAACCACCCUCCCAAGCCUUGUGCCCAGCCUGAAGAGCGAGUACUACGCCGAGGAGGACCUCAGCCCGUUCGGCGUCGGCUACGCUGCGCUUGGUGGCAUCGACAUCCCGCCACCACAUGCUUACCCAGACUCAUCAGCUCAUGUAAGGCUCCCCACUCGACAGCCAUACUUUGCCUAGAUCUCCAUCUCUUUCCUACCGCCAUCGGGUCAUAG